AUGAAUACUACUCAAAGAAGUGAAAGUAUUAAUGUUUUCUUUGAUUCUUUUGUUGAUGCAUCAACAACAUUACAAGAAUUUGUGUUGAAGUUUGAGAAAGCUGUUGAAAGUCGCUUAGAGGCAGAACGAAAGGAAAAUUAUGAAUCAAGGCAUAAGUCUCGUAUUUUGAGUACCAGGUCAAAACUUGAGGAGCAUGCGGCAUCUAUAUACACCAGAAAUAUUUUUGCUAAAUUUAAAGGUGAGCUAGAGAAAAUCAACCAAUUCACUAGACAUAAGAUUAGAAGAGAUGGGCCUAAAUAUGUGUAUCAGGUGUCCAAUUGCUAUGAUGCUCGAGAUACUUUCACUGUUGAUAUAGACUUAGACUCACAGAUUGCUAAAUGUGGUUGUGAACUAUAUGAAUUUAUGGGGAUAUUGUGCCGACACAUACUAGUAAUUUUCCAAGCAAAGGGAGUUGUUCAGAUUCCUAGUCAUCUCACAAAUAUCUUCAUCUUCUCCAUUUCAUCAUCUUCAUCCCCUUUUUUCAAUACCCAAAUUGAAAAAAAUUAA